CAGUUAGUGUACUGCUUUCAGAAAAUUAUAUUUAUCAAUUUCAUUAUUAUUUUUAGGACUAGAAUAUUAAAAUGUUAUCUGUUAUCAACGUUUAUGACAGUAUUAUUUAUUUUUCAAUACGAAAAUCGGUGAUUUGGAUCCAACGUUGUACAAGUCAAACAAAUGACGAUCUACUGGUUCCCUAGCAACGAAUCAAUAAAAAUCGUGGAUCAAACGUCAAUCAUUUUGCUUAAACGUUUAAAAUGUUUUUUUUAUAAACUAAUUUAAGUGUAAAACGUGUGUAUUUAUUGUGUGGGCCAUGUCUGACAUGGACUUGGACUUACCAAUUUGUGCGCGCCAGCCCGAGAUUCUCGAACGCCAGGCAGCCCCCCUUAGUGACCGAGUGUGGCUUUGGAGCCCCGAAACCAGCUUCAAUUACACCCCUAAACGCGCGGAAAAGCUCAAAAUAGUUCAAAGUUUAAUCGCUGGCAUCGAAAACGAGGAUUUUGACCAUGAAACAAGCGACGCCAGCAGCGAAAAACCCCCAAAGACCGACUCAGGCAUCGAGUCGAUGCCGUCGAUGGAUACCUUGUACUGGGAAGUACCGAAAAUCGAAAUUGGAAUGACGUACUUCGUGCCCAACAAACGGGGCAAAUGGGUCAAAGCCAAACUUGUCGAAAUCAAAAACUCGCAGUUGUAUUUGGUUGGUUUGCAAAGCCUGGAACGCAUUGUGAGCGAUUUCCUGUCGUUGGCGCACCCCGAGCCCGUCCUUGGGUUAGUACCGGUUGGCAGUCGUGUCGUGGCGCAUCAGCGCGGUAUUAAACCAACGGGGGAAAUUAAACGAAACGGACGGCGGAAUUUUCAAUUGGGUGUAGUGGCAGAACUGCCUUCGCAAUUGAAUGGGUCGCGGUAUUUAGUGAUUUUUGAUAACGGCGCGUGGAAUUAUAUCGAGUCGAAGUUGGUACACCCUGGGUAUUACACUAGUGAGAAAAUCUGGGAAGUGGUACCAAUACAAAAUCGUAAAAUGGUCCAGGAUUUUUUAAAUGGGCACUACGAACAUGUGAUUGAAUGGAAGCGAGAGGACCAGAUUUGGGUCAAGACGGAUAGUGACGAAGAGUAUACUGAAUGUUUAAUACUAGACAUUGACGCGAAUUUAUUGCUGGUUUGGUUCAGGAAAGAGGGAAAAACUGAUUGGUUGUACAAGGGGUCCCCCCACAUUCUAGUCAAAAGCUAGUUAAGUUUUACUAUAUCGUGUAAAUACAUCUAACUGGAUAUGUACAUAGUUAGACGAAGUGAUUUUUAUGUAUUUUACUCAAAAUGACUUUAGUAGUUUUGGAUUAUGAAAAAUCGAAAACUGUACUUUAUGUAAUUAACUGGUAGGUUGUAGGUAGGUAUAAGUUAACUCUCGCUAAUAAAAACGCAAAAUUUGA